AUGUACGUUGUCAAGCGCGACGGCCGGAAGGAGGCCGUGCACUUCGAUAAGAUCACCGCUCGUUUGAAGAAGCUCAGCUACGGUCUCAGCACGGAAUUCUGCGACCCCGUCUUGGUGGCUCAGAAGGUGUGCAUGGGCGUGUACAAGGGCGUGACUACAGCGCAGCUCGAUGAGCUGGCAGCUGAAACCGCAGCGGGAAUGACGGCGACACACCCAGACUACGCUCUCCUGGCUGCGCGGAUUGCAGUCUCCAACCUGCACAAGAAGACAAAGAAGUCAUUUUCCGAAACUGUGAAGGACAUGUACGCGCAUGUGAACCAGGAGUCAGGCCUUCCUGCGCCUUUGAUCGCAGAUGACGUCUACGAGAUUAUCAUGAAGCAUGCGGAGAGGCUAGACAGCGAGGUCAUAUACGACCGGGAUUUCGACUAUGACUACUUUGGAUUCAAGACGCUUGAACGCUCCUACCUGCUCAAGGUGAGACCCUCCCACCCAGUGACCCAGUUGUGCAUGGAAGGGCACAAGGGAAGGGAGAGGCUAGACAGCUUAUGCAUGGCACCUUUUCCCUCCCCACUCUCCCUUGUCUUCUUUCAGUCGAACGGGAAUAGUGGUGGAGCGACCACAGCACUUGUUGAUGCGAGUGGCAGUGGGGAUACACAAGAUGGGAAUUGUGUCAUUUGUCUACUUACAUACCCCUUGUCUCCUCAAUCUCUCCUGGCAGGUGAACGGGAAGGUGGUGGAGCGGCCGCAACACUUGUUGAUGCGAGUGGCGUGGGAAUACACAAGGAGGUGCAGGCUUACACGUUGCACCCCUUCCCUCCUUUUUCUCUCUUCUCCUGCCAGGUGAACGGGAAAGUGGUGGAGCGGCCGCAGCACAUGCUGAUGCGAGUGGCGGUAGGCAUUCACAAGGCGGACAUAGAGGCUGCCGUGCAAACGUACCACCUCAUGUCCCAGCGAUGGUUCACACAUGCUUCGCCCACGCUCUUCAAUAGCGGCACCCCGAGGCCGCAGCUGAGCAGCUGCUUCCUGGUAUGCAUGAAGGAGGACAGCAUCGAGGGCAUCUACGACACGCUCAAGGAGUGCGCAGUGAUCAGCAAGUCGGCGGGCGGCAUUGGCUUGUCCGCACACUGCAUUCGAGCCAAGGGCAGCUACAUCAGAGGGACGAACGGCAUGUCGAAUGGGAUAGUGCCCAUGCUGAGGGUUUUUAAUGAUACUGCGAGAUACGUGGACCAGGGGGGAGGCAAGCGCAAAGUGCCCAUGCUGAGAGUGUUCAAAGACAGGGCGAGGCACAUGGACCAGGGCGGAGGCAAGCUCAAAGACGUGUUUGACUUCCUUGACCUGAGGAAGAACCACGGCAAGGAGGAGAACAGGGCGAGGGACCUGUUCUAUGGGCUGUGGAUUCCUGACCUCUUCAUGCAACGCGUGCAGUCCAACAUGCCUUGGUCGCUCUUCUGUCCCAACGAGGCCCCUGGCCUGGCAGACUGCUGGGGGGAGGAGUUUGAGGCGCUGUACCUCAGAUACGAGAGGGAGGUGGGUGCUUGGCUGGCUGGUAAGGGUGUGUUAGUAGCAACAUUAGAAAUGCGUGGUUGGGGUUUGGCUGGCCUGGCGGACUGCUGGGGGGAGGAGUUUGAGGCGCUGUACCUGAGAUACGAGCGGGAGGGUCGAGCCAAGCGCGUGAUACCGUCACAGAAGCUCUGGUUUGCCAUCUUCGAUUUGAGCACCAUCUGUGAGGCGCAGAUUGAGACAGGCAACCCGUACAUGCUGUUCAAGGUGGGUGCUGCUCUGGUCUUCGAUUUGAGCACCAUUUGUGAGGCGCAGAUUGAGACAGGCAACCCGUACAUGCUGUUCAAGGACGCGUGCAAUCGCAAGUCGAACCAGCAGAACCUGGGAACUAUCAAGUGCAGCAAUCUGUGCACAGAGAUUGUCGAAUAUACCAGCCCUGAGGAAACUGCAGUCUGCAACCUUGUGUCAAUUGCCCUGCCUCGCUUCGUGCGGGAAAAGGGGGUGCCGUCUGAAGCCCAUCCGUCCAAGCUGACUGGAAGCCUCAACCACGACCAGCGAUUCUUCGACUUUGAGAAGCUGGGGGAGAUCACGGAGGUAGUGACACGCAAUCUUAACAGAGUUAUUGACGUCAACUACUAUCCCACCGAGUCAGCCCGUCGCUCCAACAUGCGCCACCGGCCCAUCGGCUUAGGGGUGCAGGGGUUGGCAGAUGCGUUCAUCCUGUUGGGCAUGCCCUUUGACUCGCCUCAGGCCCGACAACUGAACCGGGAUAUCUUUGAGACCAUCUACUUUCGCACGUCGUGCCGCCUCAAACCAUGUCUUGUCUUUGCCCUUCAUCUCACUCCCCCUCCCCCUCCAACUUUCCAGGCCCGCCAACUGAACCGGGACAUCUUCGAGACCAUCUACUACCACGCGCUCCGCACGUCGUGCCUGCUGGCAAGGGAGGAGGGCACCUACGAGUCGUACCCUGGUUGUCCUGUCAGCAAGGACUGGCCAGCCCUGAGAGCCAGCAUUACAGCUCACGGGCUGUGCGACUCCCUCCAUGUGGCGCCCACGCUCACCUCACCUCAUGCCCUGUGCCUCGUCUUACCCCCCGGCAUCCUCCAGCCGGACAUGUGGGGAGUGACUCCCUCGGAUCGUUGGGACUGGGCAGCACUGCGGGCCGACAUAGCGGCUCACGGGCUGAGGAACUCCCUGCUGGUUUCUCCCUGCCGGUGCCGACUCCGCUCCAUGUGCGCUGCUCCCCUAUUCCCCCCUCAACCCCUACAGGGCAUCCUGCAACCAGACAUGUGGGGAGUGACUCCCUCUGACCGCUGGGACUGGGCAGCACUGCGAGCCGACAUAGCGGCUCACGGGCUGCGCAACUCCCUGCUGGUGGCGCCCAUGCCCACGGCUUCCACGAGCCAGAUCCUGGGCAACAACGAGUGCUUCGAGCCGUACACCUCCAACAUCUACUCCAGACGAGUGCUGAGGCUGCGCAACUCCCUGCUGGUCGCACCCAUGCCCACGGCUUCCACCAGCCAGAUUUUGGGCAACAACGAGUGCUUCGAGCCGUACACCUCCAACAUCUACUCCAGACGAGUGCUGAGUGGCGAGUUCGUGGUGGUGAACAAGCAUUUACUCAACGACUUGACACAUCUCGGCCUGUGGUCGCCCGGCCUCAAGAACGAGAUCAUGUACCGGAAUGGGUCUGUGGAGGGGAUUGACGAAAUUCCACAACGCCUGAGAGACAUUUACAAGACGGUGUGGGAGAUGAAACAGAGGGCGAUCGUGGACAUGGCAGCAGACAGAGGGGCGUUCAUCGAUCAGAGCCAGUCGCUCAACAUCCACAUGGAUGCUCCUACUUUUGGCAAGCUGACAUCGCUGCACUUCUACACGUGGGGCAAGGGCUUGAAGACGGGCAUGUAUUACCUGAGAACGAGAGGAGCAGCAGACGCCAUUAAGUUCACCGUCGAUGCAGAAGCUGCCAAAAGGGUAUGUCCUUUUGAAAGCUUUGGCAAGGUGUGUCAAAACGCUUUGAAAGGUGACAGGCAGCAAGGUAGCAGCGGAAAUGCGAGGCAGGUGAAGGAGGUGCACAUGCAAGCCAGGCCAGCGAGUGUGAGUGUCACCGGAUAG